CUCUGUGGCUGCAGUCUCUAUAAUAAAUUACACAUGCAUAAUUUACAUCAGAAGCCAAUAAGGCCGUAGAGAGAGAGAGAGAGAGAGAGAUGAGACGCGAAACGCGUCGGCCACCGUCGCCGCCGGCGAAGAAGCAGUCGCAGUCGUCGCCGCCGUCUCCGUCGUCAUCGUCGUCGGAGUUCGAAUUCAGCGUCUCGAUCUCGCCGAGAAAAGCCUCCACUUCUCUCUGCCCAGCCGACGAGCUCUUCUACAAGGGCCAGCUUCUCCCUCUCCAGCUCUCGCCACGUCGCUCGCUCGUCCGUACACUCUGCUCGUCUGAAUCUUAUUAUUCUUCAUCCUCUUCCUCCGCCGCGCGUGACUCCACCGGCUCCUCAUCCUCCACCGACUCUACUGCCUCUUUCCCGCUGCUCCUCCACGCGCCGCCGCACGACGGCUGCGACUCCUCCCGGCCAAGCUCCGUCACCGACGAUGAUUUCUUCAAGUUGCCACCGAAGAAGAACCCUAAGUCAUCUGCUUUCUCUCUCUCCAGAUUCUCUUCUGUUUUCAAGAAAGACCCCAAGAACGCCACUCACUCCUCCUCCGCCGCCGCCACCACCGCCACCGCAGCUCCCUCUCCGGUGAAGAGGAUGAGCUCCACCGCGAAGGAAGUCAUACGCAAGUACUUGAAAAAAGUCAAGCCCUUGUACGAGAAGCUUUCUCAUAAACAGCAGCAGCAGCAGCAACAGGGUCUCAAGCUGAAAACAGAGAUGCUGUCACUCAAAGACAUUGAUUUCCCGCGUAAAAAAGAUUCCGGCGUCCGUGGACCCGCCAUAUCCGCCGCCGUCACCGGCGGUUUGUCGAUGACGUUCUCCGGGAAUCUGAAGUACCCAAGACGUGGACGUUGCGCUGCGAGCUGCCCAUCGUCGAUGAGGUCGUCACCGAGCCACUCCGGCGUGCUCUCUCGGAGCGGUUUUCCGGUGGAGGAAUCUGGAGGAGGAAGAGCCAGCGGCGGAGGAAGUAGCAUGUCUUCAAUGGAAGAAUUGCAGAGUGCUAUUCAAGGAGCCAUUGCACAUUGCAAGAACUCGAUGUUGCAGAAGAACAAAAGCAUGGUUAGUCUCGAGAUCUAGGGCUCCAAAUUCAACCUUUUUUUUUCUCCUUAGUAUAUUUAAUCAAAAACCCACGACUCAGAAUUCAGAUAAUGGUCCGUUUUUUCCAUCAACAUACACCGUUUUCAAAUUUAAAAAAAAAGGAUAAA